AUGCCAAAGAGAUCAUUUAAAUGUUUUGUGGAACAAGAACUGGGAGAGCUCCCACUCUUCUUGAUCCAUGCUGUGCUCGAAUGGGUGUUAAUUGCUGUGUUAUUUAUUGAUGGGUUUCUUGCAUUUUUUGCCAACGAAUUUGCCAAGUUCUUUGAGUUGAAAAUCCCUUGUUUGCUUUGCACAAGGAUCGAUCAUGUUGUGGUUCGUCGUGAUGCUGAUUUUUAUUACAAUGAAUCCAUAUGCGAAACUCACAAGAAGGAGGUUGCAGGUCUGGCUUUUUGUCACGUCCACAAGAAGCUUUCUGAUAUAAGAAAAAUGUGUGAGGGGUGUCUUCUUUCUUUUGCUGCCGAGAAAGAAUCUGAUUGUGAUACAUAUAAGCCUCCUGUUGGGGUUCCACGUAAGGACAUAGAGCUGUUUGUUGAUGAUGAUCAUGACAUUCAUUCCAGGUUACCUACUGGAGGAAAAGACAACAUGUUGCCAGCUGAGAAGAGCAGCCUCCAUCAGUGUUCAUGUUGUGGGGACCCGUUGAAGGUAAAGUCCUACUCGAAGGGAAAGAUUGCUGGCAUUCUCUCACAAGCUCCUACUCCUUCUCCCCGAGCACCAUUUGUGAGUGUGAGAAAUGAUGGCUCUCGGAAGUUGGACUUAUCUCAUGUGCAAUACACAGAACUCAAGUUCUCGGAAAAUGACUCAGAGCUUCAUGAGGAUGAAGAUGUCUCGAAUGCAGCACGUGAUAAGCAAUUUCCUUCUUUCUUUUUCAACGACCUUAUUAAUUUAGUGGAUGGAAUUUUUGUGCCAGUUAGGGAAGAUGUCAAAGCUGCUAUGGUGCCAUUGCUGACAGAAGCUGAGAACAUGAAUGAAGAUAGGACCCCUACAUUAUCCAGAGGAAAUAGGUUCUUUGGAAUCCCACUAACGGAUUCAGCUGCUGCCAGUCCUAGGGCAUUUACUAGGUUUCCAAGGAAAUCACUCCUCGACAAAACUGAAUAUGCUUCAGAGUUCACAGAACUGACCUCUCUAUCAAAUGAAGUAGACAGUGACUCAAUUUUGCAGCAUUUAAAGAAACAGGUUCGUCUGGAUCGCAAGUCGCUGAUGGCUUUAUACAUGGAACUGGAUGAAGAAAGAAGCGCUUCUGCAGUUGCAGCUAAUAAUGCUAUGGCCAUGAUCACUCGGUUGCAAGCAGAGAAGGCAGCUGUUCAGAUGGAGGCAUUACAGUAUCAAAGAAUGAUGGAGGAGCAGGCAGAGUAUGACCAAGAGGCCUUGCAAGCAACAAUGGAUAUAGUAUCCAAGAGAGAGGAGCAAAUCAAGGCUUUAGAGGUUGAGCUUAUGGCUUAUAGAGAAAAAUAUGGUGUCCUAAUGGAACAAGGUUUAACGGGAUCUGGAGAUGAGAUCAAUGAGGAUUAUCAUGAGUUGAAGCAACGGUCUCAUUCAUCUUAUAAUGAAACAUACGAAUGUCUUAGCCCAACUUAUGGUUCCACAGAAGGGCAAAAUAUUCCAGCAAAUGUGUGUCAUCAAAGUUGGUUUACAUCUUUUAUGGAUGAUGAGAAUGAAGGGGAAACUGAGGACAAAUCACUGAAGGGUAUUCGAGGGAAAAAACCUCCUCGUCUAGGUCGGUUGAAAAAUUUAGAGAAGAAUGCACAUAUUUCAUCAGAUGAUGGGGGUUCUUCCUCUCAGUCUAGUUCUGAUGAUGUUAGCGACUUAGAGAAAGUGACAGAACAAGAAAGGGAAGCAAAUUUAGUCAAAGAAUUCUCACAUCUUCAUGGACCGGCAAAGGCCCUUGAAGCAGAAGGUGGAUUCUUGAAACUUGCUGGUCAUACACUUCAAAAUGGUAGUGAAGUUAUAACUGAUAGUCUUCAGAAGAUUUGUCAUUUGGUCACAACUGGUGAUCAUGAUGCAUAA